AUGAAAGAAGAAAAUAAUUAUACAUGUUGUAUCGCUGCAGAUAGUUUUUUACUUGAAACACCAUCAAAUUUUCAAGUACCAUAUUUAAAUUUUUUUAUGGGUGAAAGAUUAAGAAUAUUACAAAAUAAUGGUGAUUGGUGUUAUGGUUGUUUAGAUGAAGAACCAGAAUUAAAGGGUAUAUUUCCAUCUAAUUUUAUUUUUUAUUCCGCAAAUGAUUUUGAUGUUAUAAAACAACCAAAUAGUAUUGAAAUAUUUGAAGGCGAUGAUGAAUCAAGAUCAUUAUUGAAUGAAAUUACAAAUACUGUUAGAAAUUGGUGGGCGCAUAUUCGCAAUAAUUUUGAUAUUGUUAACACAUCAUCAAAUUAUGAUAAAGCAUUCAGUAUUAUGGAAGAUUUAAUAGUAACAAGAAAAAGAAUAUUAUUAAGAAGUAUUCCUGCUGAAGAAAUAAAAGAAUUUAAAAAUAAAGUAUAUAGAAAAAUUGAUAUUGUAGAUAAUAUACUUGGUUUAGAAAUGAAAAUUCAUGAUGAUUAUAGAAGAAUUAUUGAACCUGGUAGUUUAUCAAUUCUUGAAACAUAUGAAGAACAUGUGUCAGCUUAUGAAGAAAUUAAAAAUAUAACUCAAGAUAAUAUGUUAACAAAAAUCAAAGGAAAUUUUGGUUUAUUUUUUCGUUUUCAUUCAACAACAAUAUCAGUUAAUUGUGAUGUUGAAAUAAAGGUAUCUCUUUAUGAUUGUGAAAAAAAUGAAUUUUAUAGUGAAUCUUAUGUUUUUGUAUGGAAUUAUAAGACUGGAACAUUUUAUGAUUCUUAUUGUCAAUUAAUGUUUGUUGAAUUAGAUGAUACUUGUAAGGAAUCCGGUAGAGUUUUUGUUGUUUUUCAAGUUAGCAAAAUAAGUCCUUUAGAAAAUAAAAUUCCAAAUAAAAGAACUGGUAAUCCUGAAGUUUGGGGUAGGCAACCAUUAGCCUUUGGAAUGAAAGAUAUAUAUAGUAUUUUGGAAAAUUCAAUUGAAGGAGAAUGUGGUGAUUUGAAUUUUAAACUUGAUAAAGUAUGGUCAUUUGAUUAUUUUUCAAAAGGUGAUAAAACUCUUCGUCCAGAAAGAAAUGAUGCAAAAAUUGAAUUGAUGUGUACGACACAAAUUUAUAAAGGACAUCUUAAUCAAAUUAGAGAAAUUGCUUUUAAAUUAUUUUCUGUUAAUCCCACUGUCAUAAUACCUCCUAUUAAACAUUUAGAAGUUGUUUGGGAAGACGAUCCAGUUAAUGAAUUUUUUUUAACUCUUAUUAACGGUGAUUUUAAUGGAUUUAAAGUUACAGAUAAGAGUAUUGAAGUUCGUAUACAGGUAAUGGAUGAAAAAGGAAAUACAUUAAUGAAUAGUAUUGAAUAUACUACUCCUAAUGGUACUCAAUAUAAAAGUAUUCAUGAAAGUAAUGUUAUCGUUGGAAAUGAUAAACCUCGAUGGAAUGAAUUUGUCAAAUUAACUGUUAAAAAUCAUUAUCAAGAAAACAUUUAUCUUCGUUUCUUAUUUUUUAAUAGAAAAAUGAAUGAUAAGGCAAAAACUGAACGUGGACCUUUUGCUUUAUCUUUUGUUCCAUUAUUAAGAGAUUUUAAAUUAAUUUAUGAAGGUGAACAUGAUUUAAUUGUAUACAAAUUAGAUCCAACAAAAUUUGAAGAACAUGAUGUUUCGUAUAUUUCAUUACCUUCCUAUCGUCAUGAAACAAAAACUAAUCCAAAAUUUGUUUCUAAGUUAGGACAUCCUUUUUUAUCUAUUUCAGAAAAAAAUUAUUUUGUUAUACAUAUGAAAAUGUAUUCAACAGUACUAACACAUAAUCAAUUAGUUAUUAAUGUUCUUCAAUGGAAAAUGAAUAAACUUGAUACUAGAAAAAAUUUAAAAGAAUUGAUGAAUAGUAAUGAUGUUUUUAGUGAUUUAGAAAUUUUAAGAAUGUUACCUUUUAUUUGUGAUACAUUAUUUGAAAUAUGGGAUGAGUUAACAGAUCUUGAAAGUCAAGUUUUUAAAACAUUGAUCCAUGUUCUCAAAGCCACCCAUGAACCUAAACUUCGAUCUUUUGAUGCAUUUUUUGAUAAUUAUUUAAGAUCAUUUUGUUACAAUACAGCAUACUCUAAACUUAUUAAUCAAAUGAUUUUUCACUUAGAAAAUGCUAAUGAAUAUUAUGAAGAAGUUGGAAAUAUAUUUAAAUCAUUAAAUUAUUUAAUGGCAAUUAUCGUAUCUUCAAAAAUUUGUAAUGAUUCUCUUGGACUUAGUGAUAAUGUUGAAUUUUAUAUUCUUAUUCAAAAGUUUCUUCAUACUGUUAGUGAUUUAAUGACAAAUAAAGAAGUUAGAAUAACAAUACAAAAUCGAGUUGUCCAAAAUAUUGCCUCAUUCAUUCCUCAUUUAACUGUUCGUGGAAUUUUUGAUAUAAGUGAGAUAACAAAUUUUGUUAGUACAAUGAUGGAUUAUUUCGGAAAUAAUAUUGUUCAUAGAGAAAAAUUAAAUUAUAUUGAAAAUAUAAUAAAUUCAAGAUUAUUUGAAAUAGAUGAGUCUAGGUGUGUAAUUCUUCCCAAGAUUUUAAUUAUUCUUCAAGAUUUUUUUUCAAUUAAUUUUAAUGAAUCCAUUGAUUUUGGAUGUAUUGUUGAUUAUAUUAGACAUAGUUGUAGAAUCAUAUCUACAAUUAUAAAAUUUUUAUUUCCUUAUUCAGCAUUAGAAGAUAUUAAAAAACCUGGUGAUCAAGAAGAUUUUAUGUUAAUUGUGUGGAGAAUCUUAAGACCACUAAAUUCAAUAAUAAUUAAAUUAUUAGGAACUCGUUAUGAUAAAUGUUUUUCUGAUUGUAUAACUGUUUUCUAUAGCAUUCUUGAUAUGUUUUCAGCAGAAACAUUUUUACGUUAUGUUGAGGAACAUGAAAAUGUUGUUGAUGCUUAUAAUAUGACAUAUGAAUUAAGUAGUAUUGCUGCUGAUUUAAUUACAGAAGGGGGAUAUCCUAAAGUUUGGAAACAAAUGUAUACUAUUCAAAGAAAAACAACUGCAAAAAUAUUUAUGUUUUUGAAAGAAAUUUUUAUAAUAUAUUUUACAUAUGAAUCGUUUGAUGAAAUAAAGUGGAAAGAAUUUAUUAAAUGUGUUGUCACUUUAUGUAUUAAAGCAAAUGAAUCUUGGUCUUCGAUGGAUGAAUCUGAGAAAGAAGUUAUUAGAAGUACAGUUAUUUCAUUAAGAUCUUUAUGGUAUGAAAUGCCAAAUGAACAAAAAGGUGUUUUUAUACCAAGUAUUGUUGGUGAUUUGUUAAGAGUUGCUGCUAUUGAUGAUGAAGAUAUACGUGGAGCGAUAACUUCUAUUUUUAUUGAUAUGAUGGUAGUUAAUUAUCAUACAAAAGGUAGUAAGGAUAUUAUAGAUAAAAUAGAAUGUGAAAUGAUAAGACAAUUAGAUUUAAUGCUUGAAGAAAAUUAUGGAGAUAAUAAAUUUAGAAUUGAUCUUAUAUAUAAUCUUAAAAAAUGGGGAGAAAAUGAUAGAAAUUUUUAUAAUUUACGUGGUCAAGAUUUAUUUGAAAAAUUAGAUAAUCUUCUUAUUUUACUUUUAGAAUAUAAAUUUAUUUCUUCUGGAUCUGAUUGUCUUGAGAAUUAUUCUAUUCAACAAUAUGAUUUAUAUGUUCGAUACAUUUAUAAACUUUAUAAUAUGAAUAUGUUAUGUGAUAACAAAGUUGAAGCUGCUUUAACUUUAUUAAAACAUGCUGAACUAUUAAAUUGGUCUCAAGAACCUUUACCAGAGUAUUUAUAUCAUGGAAAUGUUAAUAGAAAAUGUACAAAUCAUAUUCAAUUAAAAGAAUUACUUUAUAUUGAAAUAGCUGAUCUUCUUGAUGCUGGAUGUUUAUGGGAGAAAGCUAUAGAAAUUUUAAAAGAAUUGACAUCUGUUUAUGAAUCAAUUACAUAUGAUUAUCAGAAGUUAUCUCUUCAUUAUAAUCGUUUAAGUGAAUUAUAUAAAAAAAUUACUACUGUAGGAAGAAUUGAAAAUUCAUAUUAUUUAGUUAAUUUUUAUGGAAAAGAUUUUCCCCCUUACAUCAAUGGAGGAAGUUUUGUAUUUAAAGAUAUUGAAAGGAGAAGUGCUUUUCAAUCAAAAUUAAUUAAUUCUUAUGGAAUAUGUGAAAUUGUUAAUAAAAUGGAUGAUGUUAGUAAUCUAAAAGAUGAAAAAGGUCGUUUCAUACAGAUUAUUCCUAUUAAAGCAAUUCCAACUUCAAGAAAAAUUUUAGAUAGUAAAACAAUAAGUCAUGACAUAAAAUGGUAUUAUAAAUAUAAUGGUGUUUGUAAAUUUGAAUAUGGAAAGAAAAAAGAAAUUCUUGAAAGUAAAUGGACUACACUAGAAGAUACAGAAACAACUAGAAUGUGGGUAUUGAAAACAUUUGUUGAAACUGUUGAUGUUUUACCUUUUUUAAUGCCAUUUUCUAAAGUAAGAUCAAUUAGUGAACCAAUUUUAAGUUGUCCAUUAGAUGAAGCAAUUAUUGUUAUUACUCAAAUGAAUGAUGAUCUUUAUGAAACAGCUUCAAAAGUUUACAAUAAUCCAUUAGAGAGUGUCUCAACAUUAAGUGGUAAAAUUCGUGGAAUUGUACAAGCUUUCGUAAUGGGUGGUGUUAAAAAUUAUAAUGUUUUCUUUUCUAAAGAGUGUUUUGAGAUUUGUGAUGAUAGUGAAAAACAAAAAAUUGAAGAACUUCGUGAUUUAUUAAUAAGACAAAUCGUUAUUAUUGAAUAUAGUCUUUUUGUUCAUGCUAGUCGAGCUUCUCAAAUUUCUAUUCCUUUCCAUCAAUCUUUAGUAGACAGUUAUUAUAGUUUAAAAAAAGAUAUUGAAUCCAAAUUUAGUGAAAUUAAUGAUUCCUUACUUAAUCCAGGUGAUUCUAUUGUUAUAUCAGAGCCUUCCACUGAAAAAACUCCAUCUAUUGCUUCAAUGGCAAUAAGUUCAGGAAGAGAAACGUUAUUUAAAAAAGCAUCUCAAUCAGUAUUAAGAAGUCCAUUACAUACACUUACCUCAUUAAGAUCUUCUAAAUCUAAUUUAUAUAAUGAUGAGAAUAAUGUAUCAAUUGAAGGAACUAGUUUUGAUAAAAAAUUAUUGGAGAAUUUUUCAAAUAUGUCUUUUGAUACAACUAUGGAAAGUACAACAAUUCCAACCAAAUAUCGUAAACAAUCUUCUACUUCAGACGUCAGAUUCAGAAAGAUUCCCUCUAUAUAUUCUGACAAAUCUGAUAGCCAAAUAACAUCACCUCGGACUUCUGAAACACGUUUUGAAUGUUCUCUAAAUGAAGUUGAUCCAAAGGAGCCAACCAAAUCAAUUAGUAAGACAUGUUUGAUGACAGAAUUAUAA